CUCACUUUUGAUGUCCCCAAUACUCAAAUAUUGAGAAGAAGAUGGGUGGCAUAUGCGGGUAACCGUUGGGCGGGAUUUAAAACCUAUCUGACAUCAAAAUUCAUAUAUGGAACCCGUUGUGGAGAAGAUCCGACAGAGAAAUAUAAAUGGAUAGACGCUGACACUUGGAAGCAAUUUUUCCUGAGCCGGAAAGACCCUAAAUUUCUGGAGCGCAGGAAAAAAGCGCAAGAAACUCAGGCAUAUAAUGAUUGCCCCCACAGAUUGUCCCGAGGCGGAUAUGAUUUAUUAGAAGAAAAAAUUAUGGCAGGAAAACUGAAAAUGCGUGAAGAAGCCUCACAGUCAGAUCCAUCAUUGCUAUUAAAUCCACCUUCUCCUAUACCCCGACAUGUGAAAUGGAAGGGAGGUCGAGUCGGACGAAAUGGGAAAUAUACCUCAAAGAGGUCUCGCGAGAUCGCAGAGAAAAUUGAUGUACUAGAGGAGGAGACAAAGAAAGGGAACUUUUUUCCUUAUGGGCGUGAUGAUAUAUUGACAGCAGCGACUGAACGGCCCGAGCACCCGGGCCGUGUUCGUGCUGCCAGAACUGGUGUCGGUAUUAUAGAGUACUUUGGAUCUCGUGCAUAUCAAGGCCGUUUGUCCUCAGGUUUGACCAAACAAGAUGUUGAUAAGAUAAAAAAGGAGAUGCUACAUGACGUCGAAAAGCAGGUUACACUAAAGGUGACACAACAGGUGACUGAACAAGUGAUUGGACAGGUGACUGAACAGCUGAAGCAGGUGUUCGCCCAACAACUCCGUGAUGAGCUGAGAAAGAUGGGUUUAACUCAACAACAAGGAACAAAGCCACACACAGAGGCACAUAACACUCCUUCUCCCCAUGUGAGUACGAAGGGGAGUAAUGCUCCAAGAGAUGUUUCCGGAUCUGAUGAUGACGAUGAUGACGAUCUUUCUCGACUUUAUGUUGAUACUCCAUUCCACUUGGUGGCCAUGGGAAAGGUACACAAUUUGGGUCCUACAAUACACCAUCAAAUGGUGGAUGCAAAUAUUGUUAGGGUGGAGGUGGUAAAGGUUUUAGAUGCAUCUGCUUUGGUUCCGAUUCCCAGCGAGGAGGUUCAGUUUGUUGGGCAGGCCCCUUGUCAAUUCAUUCAAUGGCCACGAAGACUGGUUAAUCCCCAGGACGAUGAUCAUGAUCAACAUAUUGCCUCCGAUGAGAACAAAGACCCCAUAUCGCGUUUGUUGGCAAUGACUAAACACAUCGGUUUACAACCUAUAGAGCUGAUAUUAAAAGGAGAUAUUAUUGGUCGAGUCGAUAUAUCUCUUUUUCUAGGUUGUGAAGAGAUAAUGGAGAUAUGUUUGGGGAAUCAAAUGCUUAGUGCUGUAAUUUUACAAGUGUGGAUUCUUAAUCAUUGGCAGUUGUUCGUGUUGUGCCCGAAGCAGAACACAAUUGUCUUUUUAUGCUCAUUGGGGAACAAGCCAAAGAAGAAUAUAAGAAGUCUUUUGGAGUUGGAAAUGCAAGCACAUCAGAUGACAAAAAAUAAAAGGAAUUCUAAAGCAAAAUGGAUCCAACCAAUGUCCCGAAUGCAAAAAGGUGGUUAUGAGUGUGGCUACUAUGUUAUGAGACAUAUGGCUACUGUUGUUUCUGCUGGUAUUGUUGAUUCUUGGAUGAAGGUAUUCCCAUAUACUUGUGAUUUUAUCGUUACUGUACAUGUUAUUUCUUUUGCUUCAUGAUUUUUGUAUUUAUUCAUUUAGUUUCGUUAUUUAAUUUGUAGGCAUUCAACGUACAAGAGUCAUUCACUGAUCAAGAAAUCAACGAGACACGAGAGUGUUGGGCGUCAUUUUUCUGCGAAGCUACGGAAAUUUGAUAUAAGUUUUAGACUCUUAGCUAUUUUUUGAUGAGUCUUGUGAACUCAAAGUUAGUUUUUGAUGAGUCUUGUGAACUCAGUUACUUUUUGAUGAAUGUUAG